GUACGCCCCGCCCUCCCGGGCCCCGCCUCCCGCCACCGCCUUCGUCCUCCCACAAUCCCGCGCGGCUCCCUCUUUUCCGGGCCGCCAACAUGUCGAAGAGAGGACGUGGCGGGUCGUCCGGUGCGAAGUUUCGCAUCUCGCUGGGUCUGCCCGUCGGCGCCGUCAUCAACUGCGCGGACAACACUGGCGGUAAGAACCUGUACAUCAUCUCGGUGAAGGGCAUCAAGGGUCGUCUGAACCGUCUGCCAGCUGCCGGUGUGGGCGACAUGGUGAUGGCCACCGUGAAGAAGGGCAAGCCCGAACUCCGGAAAAAGGUGCAUCCUGCGGUGGUGAUACGGCAGCGGAAAGCCUUCAGGAGAAAGGACGGGGUGUUUCUCUACUUUGAAGACAACGCAGGGGUCAUAGUGAACAACAAGGGCGAGAUGAAAGGCUCUGCCAUCACGGGCCCCGUGGCUAAGGAGUGCGCGGAUCUGUGGCCCAGGAUUGCCUCCAAUGCUGGCAGCAUAGCCUAGCCCUGGCCCACAUCACGUUUGUCACAAUAAAAACAACCAUCCAAUUCAA